GUACUAUAUAGCAACUUCUUCCACAUGUAUGUGCAUCAUCACAUUCAGUUGUGGUAAUGGAGGAAAUUAAGCUUCUUGGAACUGCCGCAAGUUCAUUUGUCAAUAGGGUUCAGUUCGUACUCAACCUCAAAUCAAUCGAAUACAAGUUCAUCGAGGAAAAUCUCGCAUGCAAAAGUGAUCUCCUGUUGGCAUCAAACCCAGUUCUAAAGAAAAUUCCCAUUCUUUUGAAAGCAAACGAACCACCCAUUUGCGAGUCUCUAAUCAUCAUCGAGUACUUAGAAGAAAUCAAACCUGAUAUCCACCCGAUCCUUCCACCUAAACCUUCAGAUCGAGCCAAAAACCGGUUUUGGGCCAACUACAUUGACAACAAGUUUUUCCCACUGUAUUUAGAGUUAUCGUAUGCACAUGAAAGAGAAAUAGUAAAAGAUAAGAUUAUCAAAGAAUCACAAUUGUUAGAAGAAGUGUUUGUGAAAUUUAGUAAUGGGAAGGCUUAUUUUGGUGGAGAUGAAGUCGGAUAUUUGGAUGUUGUUCUUGGUUGUUUUCUGGGUUGGACAAAGUUUCAUGAGAAACGUCAUGACUUCAAGGUGUUUGAUGAAGUUCGAACCCCAAAACUUGCAGAAUGGGUAAAGCGUAUAUUGUCACACAAAGCCAUUACGGGUGUCAUGCCACAAGAAGAUAUACUCAUGGAUUACUAUAUGAUGCGACUAAAAUAGCUUUUCAAAAUCAACUUUAUAUAUCUUUCCUUUGUGUGUUUUAUUUUAUCAUAAGUAAAGAUCACCAUCGUGCUCUUUUAGUGUAUUUUCCUUAUUAUCUUUAAUUAUAUGUGUUUUGUGCUUAAAUGUAUAAUUUUUGACCAUUUUUUAAAAACUCUUAUUUGAUUACA